GGUUCUUCAAUCAAAUUAAAACUACACAACCCUAAACUGAAUUAGCCUUUCAAAAAAUGGCUCAACCUCUCACACAAUCAAAUCCUCAAGCAACCAAACCAAAAAGUUCAAUGCUGCUACGUUACAUUGCCAUAAUAAUUUUAGCUUUAAUAAUCAUUGUUGGCUUAGCUGUACUCAUAAGUUGGCUAGUUGUAAGGCCAAAAAACUUGCAAUAUAGUGUUGAAGAUGCUUCAAUCCACAACUUCAAUUUAACUGAUGCAAAUCACCUCUAUGCAAACUUUGAUUUCACAAUAAGAUCAAAGAAUCCAAAUUCCAAAGUGUCACUAUACUAUGAUUCUAUUGAAGUGUCGGUGCGUUACGAGGAUCAAACCCUAGCAACAAAUGCAGUUCAACCAUUUUUUCAACCACAUAAGAAUGUUACUAGGAUGCAUGCAAGACUCACUGCUCAAACUGUGGCUUUGUAUGAUUCUGUGCCAAAAGAUCUUAAGCUUGAGAGAUCUUCUGGGGAUAUUGCAUUAGAUGUGUUCAUCAGAGCAAGGAUAAGGUUUAAGGUUGGAUUGUUGAAAACAAGACACCGUACUCUAAGGAUAUCUUGUUCACCCGUGCUGGUGAAUUUUUCUAAAGCUAAGAGUUUUGAAAGGGCCUAUUGUGAUGUUGAAAUGUAAACAAGUAUGCCAAAUGAAGGAAGACUCUCAGGAAGACUCUCUAUUUUUCCGAAUGUUAUUAAUAUUUGUUCUUUUUGGUUUUUAUUUUGUGUUAAUUUUCUGAUUUUUUCUUCUUCUGUUUUUCUUGUGUUUGUUAGAUUGAUGUUAUGAUUCUUUUGUCGGUCAGUAUAUUAUUGUAAUUCAUCUUACGGGUUUUGGGUUUCUUAUGUUGAAAAUUGAAAUAAAAAGUAAAACUUGCUAUUAA